ACGUAUCAGUAAGAUGAUUUAGCUCAACUCAAAGUCAAUUUGUCAGUUUUCUUAACAUUUAAAAAUGUCAUUUUCAUACGAUGCAAUUUUAAUGUGAUUUGUGAGAUUGUAAUACGUAUUCUUUUAUUUAAAUAACAAUUAAACAAUAAUAACUAUGUAACAAAAUGAAUUAGUCUAAUAAAUGCUAUUUUCUGUAUGUAUGGGAUCUUUAAGAAUGGAUAAUUCCUAUAUGAAUCCUUACGAAAAACAGCUGUAUUCUGUGUUCAAGACCUUCGACGUAGAUAACGAAGAAGCUUUAAACAAAUCGGCUGUAGUAGAAUUGUGUGACGCUUUGCAGUUAGAAGACCGCGGCGCUGCGCUCGUUGACUCUCUGUUCGAGCGUCGGACGGAGCGUGUCACCUUUACACAGUUUCGCAACGGCCUGUUAUCUGUCCUUGGAGCUGGAGACUCUUCCACGUUUUCAAAAGAUCCCAUUGCAUCCUCAUCUACAGCGACAUCUACGACUGUGUCAUUGGCAACAGCUUCUCCGCCCCUUGCUCUGCAAUCUCAAAGUGACGAAGAUUCUUCUGGUCGUGAGGUAGCCCCAAGAAUAGUUUUUGGUUCUAAAAAGUACGGCCGUCGAUCACGGCCUCAAAAAUCACUUGCCAUUUCAGACGAGCCACAUAGUCCACGUGCUGCAUCAGUUUCUCGAAUUGAUACUGAAGAUAAAAGAGUUAGACAUUCUCAGCGAAUGAGGUUCCGCCGCAGCACAUCUGCCAUGGAUACUCGUGAAAAAUAUGUUGAAAAUUAUGGCAGUUCUUCAGAUUGCUUUGACCAUAACCGUCACAUCAAUUAUGAGCAAGCACUCUCUCUAUGCAGAGAGUUACACAUGAAUAGUAUUGAUCCCCUUCUCAUUGAAAACAUAUUUGAGGAGUCUCAUACUAAGGAUGACAUUACAGUUGGUGAGUUCUUUAAUAGACUCAAUUCAUCAUUAUCUUCUUCAAUAGAAGUGGCAAGAAAUGACACUACCUUAGCAAACCAUGGAGACAUUAGUGAAAUAGGUGAUGAUGACAUAAAUGGGAUAUCUGUAGAAAGUAUUAUAAGUUGUUGGGAAAUUGCUGGUGUGCCACAUCCUCAAGGCCUCCUGAUGGAGCUUGGCUUCAAGGGCACUUGUGUCCGGCUGCCAGAACUUGAGAAUGCUCUUGAGGAAGAACUAAGAGCAUGCAGUGAUCCUCUGGAUGAACAGCUUCACACUCCUACACUUUUUCUCACAGCAGCCAGGGAGCUUGACAGGCUCAGGUUAAGACUAGCCAAACGUCACAUGGAGCUCACUACGGCUGAACGCGAUAAACUCCGCAUUGACGUUGCCGAGGCGAACCGGCGUGCCAAUAUGCUCGCUCUAGAUAACGACGAAAAUCACGCACGCAUGGAGGCUGAGCUCGCGGCGAGCGUGCGACGUGCAGAGGCGCGACUUGCGGAGGCGGCGCGGCAGGCUGAUGCCGAGAGGGCCGUCGAGCGCGAACGGGACAAUGCUACACGUGCCCGCUUGGAAGAGGAACUGAUGCAUCGUGCCGAAAACGAGACGCGACUGCGAGAAGAAGUAAGCGCUCAAGUUUCUCGCAUAGCGGAAUUGGAAACACGCGCAGCGGCAGCGGAAGUGCGUGCGACUUCGGCCGAGCGUGCGGCGGCGCGGCUGGCGGACGAGCUGAGUGCGGCAACCACGGCGGCCGCGCUGCAGGCGCGCGGGCGUGCGGCCGGUGAGGACGACGAGCUCGCCCGGCAGAUGGCCGAGCUUCGCGCUGAGAAUCAGCAGCUGCGCGACCGAAACGACGAGCUAUGUUGGGAGUUAGAAGCGCGCACCCGCAUCAACGCCUCUGCGCUACCGCCUGUUGGUAUUGGAGACUUGUCUGUCGAACUGGGCGAGUUAAUGCACUGUGCAGAGCAGGAGUGCGAUUCAUCGCCAGUCAGUCUGGAGCCCCGUGUGUUGGGCUACGCCGAGGCGGCGCGUCGGCUACGAGACUUGUUGCGUGCUGGGGACACAUCGCCGGUAUGGCGGGAUAAGAUUCUAGAAAUCAGUGACGCGCUGAUGCUUAUGGAACAAACUAACAUUAGCAUAGAAGCUAGUGUUCAAACAGAUGAACAGAUUACAAUAAGUGACGAGGGAACUAAAUCAAAUGAUGAUCAGGUCACAUCACCUGAUGAGGAAACAGCAUCAAAUGAUUUAAAAAAUGAAGAGGCAACAUCGGCUUAUGGGCAGACAGAGGCCUGCAAUGGACGAUGUAGUGUAGCGAAUGAAUUACGACAGAAACUAGCCCAAGUAGAAGCAACACAUAUUGUAGAAAAACAAAAGCUCUCUGACCUUGUUAAGGAACUGGAAAUAAGUCUGGAGCAGUUGAAACAGGAAUACGACCGUUGCGAGGAGUACUGGAGCGGGAAGCUGGACGAGGAGAGGGAGUUGUUGGCGGAGGAGCAGCGAAUGGGCGACGAGCGGUUGGCUGAGCUGGCCAGCAAGAUCACGGAGUAUGAGAGGCAGUUCGCGCCUAAUCAUGCACUGCCUACAAUACAAGAAGUGGGACUCGAGGCUCAAGUGACAGACUUGGAGGAGGAGUUCGCUGCGUACCGCCGGUCCAAGGAGCAGGAGCUGCGCGAGCGAGACGAGCGCAUCGAGCGGCUCGCCGAGCGGAUCAGUGAACUAGUCGCUCGAGGAUCGCGGGCGUGCGCGUGCGCGGCGCUGUCGCAGCGCUGCGCGGCGCUGGCGGCGGCGGCGCGCUCGGCCGCCCCGCUGCGCGCGCGCGCCGCCGCGGCCGAGGCGGGCGUGCGGCGGCUGCAGGCGCGCCUGGCCGCCGCCGACCUGCUCGUCAAGGACCUCUACGUGGAGAACUGCCAGCUGGCGCAUCGGCGGCCGCUGUGACUGCUACACUCUGUGGCCGGUAUGUCUCAUUCUGCUAGCUGAGCUCCGCCGAGGCGGGCGUGCGGCGGCUGCAGGCGCGCCUGGCCGCCGCCGACCUGCUCGUCAAGGACCUCUACGUGGAGAACUGCCAGCUGGCGCAUCGGCGGCCGCUGUGACUGCUACACUCUGUGGCCGGUGCGAAAUCCAACCAUAUUUGUUUGAACCGACCUUCAUUAAUCUCUUCGUCCAGAACGCCAUCACGCGCCCUGACGACACGAAUCCACUCCCGUCCAAUUACAUAAUUGUAAAAAAAAAUAAUGGCUGUAAUUUUUUUUAAAUACAAUCAUUUCUAAGCCCAUAAAAAUCGGGACAAUAUCAUACUGUAGAAGUGAUAAUACUUGUAAAAGUGUCGUAUAUCGUGUAACUGAUAGUUUUGCAUCUCAAAACUCAAUGAUAUUCAGAUUUUGAUGGCUAAGCCGGUUUCCAAAUAAAAAUGUAUACUGGAAAGACACUGUUGGCCCAGACAUUCAAACGAAUUAAAAGCAAAACACGUCUUUAGAUAGGAACUUCAAUGAUUUUUCUGUCUAGCUAGAUUACCUAGAUAGACAUAACAAUAAAUAUAAAUUAUAAGUACAAAACCAGUAUCCCGCGACUUGAGAAAUAAUAAGAAUAAUUAGGGACGAAAUAGGUGAAAUCGUAUGAUUGAAUUAUAUAUAAUAGGCGAAAAGCGCGUGAGUAUAACACGAUUGUUUUUAGAUAUUAUGUACAAAUGGCUCAUAUUUUGUACUCGUACUCUUUCGCCAUAUUAUUUUUGUAUUUAUUUGUUGCAAUAACAAACAUGUCCUCUAUUUUGUAAGGGUUAAAUUAAAUUUUAUCCUUUGUAAUAAUUCAUCAUGCAUCUUGUAAAUGUGCACUUGGUUUUGGAUUUUGUAAACUCCAUUAAUCAUAUUAGACCCUUUCUUAAGGUCUUUACCCUUAAGAAAGGGUCUAAUAUGAUUAUUGGAGUUUUUCACCUUUUUCUAGAUGCUUUCACCUAUUUGGCUAAAAUGGUAUGGAUGGAAAUGCGUUCCCUAAUCGCUAUCAGAAUAAAUUGAAUCACCUUAAAUGCAUCUCAAUAUCACACUUGUACUUUGUCUAUUUCUUCCAAAAUUUGUAACUAACAUUGUAAUGUACAGAUAUUUAAUUAUCUCGCACGUUUGCAUACUAUUUAGAUAAAUGCCUGAAUUCUGGAAGUGAUUAAACUUUUAUACAUUCCCUAUUUCCAUUGCUAUUUUUUAAAAGGCAACAACCAAUAUUUUGGCAAAAAGCGAGAAAACUAAGUUUUGUUAUGUAUCUUUAUAAUCAAGUGCCUUGACACCAUAAUUUUAAGUAUACUUUUAACCAGUGUCUUUCAAUCGAUCAUUAUCCGAUGAUCAGGUCAAUUCUAUUUAUAAAUAUGACAUGUAUGUAAUACAUUAAAUAUAACAACUGGAUCGUAUUGGCAGAUCCACGAUAAACGCAAGAAAGUUUAAGACAGUUUACAUUUAAAUUUAUUUAUAAUGUCAAGUUUUUUCUGUAUAAAAUAGUCACUAUUAGUAACGUAACGAAAUUUUUCUAACCUUAUUAAGAACAACGAUUUAUCUUUGUAACUGUAAUGAAUUGUAUUUAAUAUAUGCUGGAAUUGAAUAUUCAGUAAAUUUUAAUACAAAGACUGUCUAAAAAGUCCUGAUUUAACUGCACUUUUUAUUGUAUACAUAUAAUGGGAAAUAAUUAUAUUGGAAUUUUUGCGGCCAUACAAUAAAGUAACUCAUUUUUAAUUGUUCUUAAUUUUUCUAUAACAUGAGAAAACAUUCCGCUUCAAACAAAGGAACUUUUUAACCAUAGGUAGCUUAAAGUUGGGAUUAUUCAUUGUGAUUCUUGUAAGAAGAAAUUAAAUUAAUAAUAUUGAUGCGGUCAUACCUAUAUUUCUAAAACAUGUUGAAUUUUGAAAUUCAGCAUCUUGAAUAAUUGAAGAAAGCUUUUUCAAGAUGUUGAAUUAAUAUCAAAUGGGUAUUAUUUAAUCAAUUUAUAGGUUCUGUACUUUGUACGUACAAUGUCUUUGAAGUAAAUUAUGUAUUUAAAAACUGUUAUAAUUAUGACUUUCAAAGAAUUGAAAUCGAAUUAUUAAGUAAGCUGAUUAAGUAUGUGGCCAUAGUGAAAUGAGAUUAUAGGAUCAUUAAUAGGAAUGAAGAUUAAUGUUUCACUGUUUAAUUUUCUAUCGCCACUCUAAACAAAAUUAUUGUGUUUGUUCUUUAUAUUAUUCAAGUCAAAAAAGCAUUUUCUGGUGGCAGCCUAAUAGUCAAAGCUUGUUAAAAAUGGCAGUCUUUUAAGUAGAAACCAAUGAGAAACCUCGGUCUACGUCCGGCAAGGAUGAUACCAUAAAGAUGAAGUACACAUAUUUAACGGCAAGUACAAAAAUACUGCAAAAAACCAUUACACUCAUGAGUACUUGACAGCUUGAGUUUUGAUGGCGCUAAUAAUAAGCUAGUGACAACCUGUCCUUAUUUGAUUUAAUUUAUAUUCAAUAUAUAUCAAUAUUAUAGCGAUCAAAUGUGUAGCUAGCCAGCUUUAUUCACUAAAAGACAUACAUAAAUUCGUAAAUUUUAUUAGAUGUAAGUGUUUAGUGUAUCGGUACCUCAAAGUGCCUAGUCUUGCGAUGUAAAGACGUCGACUUUAUAAAACUAAAUUUAAUUUAUCACUAGUAUACUUAUAUCGUCGUUGUUAGGUGUAAACCCCUGCUUAUAGCAUAUAGGUGUAUUUUUGGCGGUUAGCGUCUUCGCGUGUCUCUAUGAGUUCUUUUACAUUUUUAUCGAAAUGUUAUAUAGAGCCUAUUAUUAUAUUAUAUCUAUAAGUGUCUUGAAAUAUAGUAAUUCCAUUUGGGUUUGAAAAUCUAUUGACAUCAAAAAUAAAUUAUCGAUUUCGGUUAAAGAAUAUAGUUAUAAUUGACCGUAUGUUUUGUGUCUAUUAAAUUUUACCAUUCAAAAUGAUAAUGUAAGAUGCUCACUCCAAAGCUGCAAUAAGAUCGUCAAACGUUUAAUUGUGUACGACCUCUAACAACUUUUGGUUAUUUCUCUCAAACAUUUUUAUUAAUGAAAAUCAAAUACAUACCUACUUUCUAUCUUUAAUUAUAUUAUUUACCAUUCGAAAUGAAGAUGACUAAAGAAGACUCUGCAGGUGAAGUAAGGCGUCAGGUAUUCAAAAACUUUCAUUAAGGAAUUGUACUUACUGUCCAUGUUUUUCUUGUUGAUACAUUUAGUACAGAUGUCAUUUAUGAAAUUUUGUUAAAAAUAGUGUUACUCAAAAGCUCUCGAAUACUUUAUACCGUGUCAUACAUAGACUUUUUCCCUAUUUGUCUUUUUGUGUGCGAUUUUCCCCAGUGAAUGAACGUGAGAAUUUUUGUUGGUAAUUUUUGCAGCUGGUCGGAUUUGCAUGUAAUAUGGCGAUGGACGGUUUGUUUUUAGUUUGUGUAAGCCAACAUUGGUGUCAUAUUUUCAGACCGUCAAAAGGCAUCUGACAUGGCUUUAGGGAUUCACAUAGUGCGGCAGUCAUCUCAUUACAAAACAGCCCAUUGUGAAAUUAUAAUUCGAACAUGUGUUUGCUACAAUGGAAGCUGUUUAACCACACGCGGCUGCAGCGCUGCCGUCCACCAUAAAAAAUCACGUACCGCGCGUUCAUCAACACACAUAAUAGGAAACUGUACGAUUAAUUGAACCUAAACUGCGCCUGAAAUUUUAUAUGUAUAAUUUAGUAUAUAUUAGGUUAGUCAGCUCUUUAUAUGUCUAAUGGACGAACCGCGUUGCGUCUAAGCAUUUCCGACCAGCUGCGAUUUUGUUUACACAUGGUGUAUCUGAACUUAACAGGCUUUCACACAAUAAUUUAAGAAUUAUGUUAUAUUAUAAAAAAGUGAAUAUGUAUAUAAGUUUCACUUACAUGCUAUAUUUACUACUAUUUUACUGUAAAGUGAAAUGUAGCCUUUGUUAUUGUAAACUUUCAUCCGAUACGUAGUUUUUGCAUAAAAGAGUAGGUAACUUACGUAAAUACAUUCAACAUUUUCGCAUUUAUAAUAGUAGGUAUGUUGUUCAGUUCAAAUGCCCCCUGUUGUAACAAAAAUGGUGGUGGAGAAUGCUUUUGGCUCUAUAGCCUCGCAAUAAAGACUUGUAUUGACGGCGCGCCCCUGUGUGUCAUGAUAUGUGAUAAUAUAUGAUUUAUUAUUAAAGUGUUGAACUAUAA